AGUAACUCUUCAACAUUUAUUCUUUGUUCCAAAUUCAUCAAAUCUCUAGUGAGAAAAUGAACCCUCGUCCAUUAUUCUAUAUUAGAAAUUGCUGUAUACUUUGACUGACUAUACACCACAUUUAAUUUACUCUCCCCAAGAAUAAUGACCUUUCUCAACACCAUCUUUUUCUUCAAACAACUUUGGAUCAUCGCCACCUUCACUUCCCUCUUCCUCCUCCUCCUCAACUACCACUCCACCCCUCCCUCCUCCGUCUUCCACCGCCCGUCCUCCGUCAACCCCACCGCCGCCGCCACGACCGCCGCCAGCCACAUUGUUUUCGCCAUCGCGUCGUCCGCGAAAACCUUCGAGAAGCGCAAGGACUACGUGCGCGUGUGGUACGCGCCGAACACGACGAGGGCGUACCUCUUCCUCGACCGCCAGCUCAGCAACGGCACCCGGACCGACCCGACCCUCCCCCCGGUCCUCGUCCACGAGAGCACGGACGGGUUCCCUUACAACAACAGCAAGGGGGACCGGUCCGCAGUGGCGAUGUCACGGAUGGUCAAAGCCGUGACAUCAGCAGCACUGCGGAACAAGUCCGAGGUGCGGUGGUACGUGUUCGGGGACGACGACACGGUGUUCGUGGUGGACAACGUGGUGAGCGCGCUGUCGGCGUACGACCACGAGGAGUGGUACUACGUGGGGGGCAUAUCGGAGAGCUACGAGCAGAAUGCCUAUUUCUCGUUCGAGAUGGGGUACGGCGGCGGAGGGUUCGCGCUCAGCCGCGGCUUGGCGGAGGUCUUGGCCGGAGUAGUGGAUUCUUGCAUCGUGCGUUACCCGCAACUCUACGGCAGCGACGCCAGGAUCUUCUCUUGCCUGGCGGAGCUCGGCGUGGGGUUAACGCAUGAACCCGGUUUCCACCAGGUUGAUCUAUGGGGAAACCUGUUUGGCUUGCUCACAUCACACCCACAAUCCCUUCUAUUAUCCCUACACCACCUCGACGGAGUUCAGCCCCUCUUCCCCAACACGUCCCGCCUCCAAGCCCUCCACCGCCUCUUCUCCGCCGCCCGAGCCGACCCGGCAAGAAUCUCCCAGCAAACCGUCUGCUACGACCCGAGCCGCUCCCUCUCCUUCUCCCUCGCGUGGGGCUACUCCGUUCAGAUUUACGAGGAAAACCGCCCCCUCCCCGACCUCCUCCAGCCCCUCCAAACCUUCCACCCCUGGAACAGAGAAAAGCGGGCCCCGCUUUUCAUGUUCAAGACUCGACGCGUUUCCUCCCACCCUUGCAGGAGGCCCCUCGUGCUCUUCUUGGACCGCGUCGAGUCGGAUGGCGGGCCCGGAGGGGGUGUUCGGACUAGGUACACCCGACAAGGGCAUUUGAAGCGUUGCUUCAGAAAUCUUGAUCUGGCGAACUUGCAAACGGUCAACGUUUUUUCUAACAAGCUGGAUGUCAGAGUGAAAGCUCCGCAACGACGACAGUGUUGCGACAUUUCGUCAUCUUGGGAUGAAUCGAUGGAUAUACGAAUCAGAGAAUGUGGGAGAGAUGAACUGACGGCCAUGUUUACAUGAACUAAAUUUUUUUGAAGACUAUACUUAGAUAUGUUUUUUUUCAAUGAUAUUUUAGGGAUAAUAUAUGAUAGUUGAAAUU